AUGUGGGGAUUCCGAGAUGCCUGUGAGAAGGGUCUGGUGUCCGGGCACAAGAUCUCCGGGAUCAGGUUCGUCCUGGAGGAUGGUGCCCAUCACAUGGUGGACUCCAACGAGAUCUCCUUCAUCAGGGCAGGAGAAGGAGCCCUAAAACAAGCCAUGGAAAACGCCACGGUGCGAAUCAUCGAGCCCAUCAUGGCUGUGGAGGUGAUGGCUCCCACGGAAUUCCAGGGAGCUGUGAUAGCUGGGAUCAACCGGCGCCACGGGGUCAUCACGGGGCAGGACGGGGCAGAGGGCUACUUCACCCUCUAUGCUGAGGUGCCACUGAACGAUAUGUUUGGAUAUGCCACCGAGCUGAGGUCCUGCACAGAGGGAAAGGGGGAAUAUACCAUGGAAUACUCCAGAUACCACCCGUGUUCACCCAGCACUCAGGAAGAAAUAAUCAACAAAUACCUGGAAGCAACGGGGCGACUUCCUGCCAAAAAGGGCAAAGCCAAGAGCUGAUCUGACUCCUCUGGAGUCCUUUGAACAGUUUUUCCCAAUCUCCUCCAGCAGCUCAGUUUUCCAAGCCGUGGAAGCAGAGAAGGCUGGCUGGGGAAGGCAGGCUGGCAGUGGGAUUUGGACUUGGAAUUUUGUCAUCAUCCCCUUCCUCUGUGGAAUUCUCAGGAGCCACCAGAGGAUCACAGCGGAAUUGUUCACGUGUAAAUGCUGUCCUUAACAAAAUAGAUGUUAAAACACGGCUGAUAAUUGGUCUUGAAAUUCGUCUUAAUUAAGUUCUAUUAAAAUAAUUGUAUUUUUUACUUGA